AGUUCCCUAUUGGCCUAAACCACAGAUAAUUCGAGUGCGCAUCUGCGCCCCAACCGCAGCCUGUGCUCCAAGAAGUAAGUUCGGAGGCCAUGAGGCUGCCGCUGCUGCUACUGUUGGGGUGCAGGGCUAUCCUGGGGAGCUCCGGGGACAGGGUUUCCCUCUCGGCUUCAGCUCCUACGCUGGAUGAUGAAGAGAAGUACUCAGCUCACAUGCCGACUCACCUGCGCUGCGAUGCCUGCCGGGCUGUGGCCUUCCAAAUGGGGCAACAUCUGGCGAAAGCAGAGGCUAAAUCUCACACUCCAGACUCCAGUGGGCUGCAGGAGCUGAGUGAAUCCACAUACACAGAUGUCCUGGACCGGACCUGCUCUCAGAACUGGCAGUCCUACGGAGUUCAGGAAGUGAACCAGAUGAAGCGUCUCAUGGGCCCAGGACUUAGCAAGGGGCCAGAGCCAAGCAUCAGCGUGAUGGUUACUGGGGGCCCCUGGCCCAAUAGGCUCUCCAUGACUUGCUUCCACUACCUGGGUGAGUUUGGAGAGGACCAGAUCUAUGCCGCCUACCGCCAAGGCCGUGAGAAUUUGGAGACGCUGCUCUGCAGGGACACCCGUGGGCCCUGCUCACAGGAGGAGACCCUGGCCCAGAGAGAAGAGCUGUAGUCCACGCUGCGACACUUCUGGAUCUUCUCUAAUUCUUUUAUUAUUAUUAUUAUUAGCUGUUUAAAGACAGGCUCUCAUCAUGUAGCCCAGGCUGGCCUUGAACUUGUCCUGCUCAGCCUCGAAAGCGCUGCAAUUAAGUCCUGAGCCUUUGUGCUUGACCCUCCUAUAUCUUUUUUUUCCCCAGCGGUGGUGAUGAGGAGAGGGCAGGGAAACCUGACUUUAACUGUCAAUCUUCUUCCUCCACCCCUCCCUGGGGGACUGGGGUUGAGGUUGCCUUUCAAAUAAAGCUCACUGACCUCGAA